UUAUGUACUUAUUCGAAUUACGGGGAGAGCCCAGAAUUAACCCAUAAAAAAAUUUCUUGGCCCCCAGCUGUUUUGAAAAUCGGAAGUUUUUAGGCUCCACUCCCCAUGUUGUGGAACUGCGAAAAUCCAAAAUACGUUUUUUCUGAUUUGUUGGACUCAUAGGUGUCUACGUACAUAAAGCCAAGUUCAUUUCUUUGGACCGCAAAAAAGUCAGCCGAAUUCAAUGCCUAGAGCACUUUCUGGCAGUUGGACUGUAUCGAACGUAGGAAGAAAAACAUUCAUUCAAUAAAAUAAAAAAUUCCUAUUUUUCAAAAAAAAAAAAAAAUAAUACCCAUUCGUUAAUAAAGGAGAAUAAUAAAUAAAACAAAACCGAGGGCUCUAUCAGCUCCUACAGAGCUUUCACGAAACUAAACCAAUAAACGAAAACCGUAACCGAACGUUGCACCCUGAUGGCGACAGCAAGCAGAUCGAUCGAUAUAGUAACAGAGGAACAUAUUACUACAGAGCAUAGCGACGGGCAAAAAUAUGCGAAUACUUAAUAUUCACCCUCACGAUGAUAGAAAAUAAUCUUCGCAGAUAACGCAGUGGCUUCCAGCCUACUUGAUUUUUGAAAGAACAGAAUUAGUUGUAAGCCUAUUUUACUAUUGACCAGUUCUCAGCACUCAGCAACAAAUCAAACAGGGCUUUCAAUCACGAAGAAUUGUCCAACCAUGGCUGAAAUAUUAGAAGGAAAAAAGGAAGACGAAAAUCGCAAAAUUGUUCACACCUAUCCGUUAGUCAAAGUUUCAGAUAUGAACGAUGAAAUGAAAGCGGAAGCUGUUGAAACAUGCGUCACUGCUUGUGAAAAGUUCUCCAACAAUAACGAGGCGGCUGCCAAAAUGAUCAAGGAAACCAUGGACAAAAAAUUCGGCGCUGCUUGGCAUACUGUAGUAGGAGAAGGAUUUGGUUUUGAGAUUUCUUACGAUUGUAAAUCCUUAUUGUAUAUGUUCUUCGGAGGCAACGUCGCUGUAUGUACUUGGAAAUGCUCUUGAUACAUAGAUCUACGCGUUGCUUAAUUUUUUCGAGCUUAAUUUUGUAAAAUGUGCAAUGUAAUGUGAUCAAGUACCUCUACUGCCCACUUGGGGUUCAAUUAUGUAUCUAGUCAUUAUAGUUGAUUUUUUUAAUUGAGAAUACAAUAUUAGACGAUACUAAUAUACCUAAUAUUUUGGCUUAUCAAACACACCAACCUGCGAACCUAUAAAGUUCGGUUUAGGUAUCUUUUAUUAAUUUAUCCCAGUAAACUCAUACUUACUCAAUUAUUUUUAAAAAAAGUUAUUUUGAAGAAACCGAAAAAGUUUUAAAAAGUAACCAAAAAUGAAUCAAAAAUAAGAUAAAACGUGAGCAAAACACACGAAUGCAGAAAAAAAUCACAAAAAAAAACAGAAUAUCAGAAAUUGACAUGUUCCAACUUUUUAAUAAAAAAAUUCAACAAUUUUCAACCUCUUGAUAAAAAAGCGAGACUUAUUGUCCAUUUCUGGCAAAAAAAAAGAAAAAAAAGCCUGGGGCAAUGCUUGAAAAAAAGGUAAGACUUCUAGGAAAUUUUUGCAAAAAAAAAAAAAAACGAAAAAUUUUAUUGAUAUUUUAAAAACGAGAAUUUUUCCAUUUUUUAGGUUUUAACAAAAAGCAGGACUUUUUGAGAAUUAUUGGUAAAAAAAGGCGCUUUUUAACAAUUUCAGUCAAAAAAGCAAAGCAAUUUUCCAAAGAAGCGAGAAUUAUUUUAAAAAGCAAAACUUAGACAAUUUCAGCAAAAAGCAACGAGUUUUGGAAAUUAAGUAUUGACCAAAACAUUUAUUUUAUUGCAUUUUUUGCAAAAAGUGAGAUUUUUUUACAUAUUUUUUUGUAGGUAGAAAACCCGAUACUUCUUGCCCUUGGUAAGUAAUUUCAGAAUCGAAUUAUUAAAAAGUCCAACUUUUUGACAAAAUGCAAAAUUUUUGGAUUUUUUGGAAAAAAUGCAAGACAUUGAAAUGUUUGGCAAAAAAAACGAGAGUUUGUGACAUUUUUUGAAUUUAUGGCAUAAAACAAGACUGACAACUUCGGCAAACAGCAGAACUUCUUGGAAAUUAUUGAAAAAAAAUACCUAAUCUGAAAAAAAAACUCGCUGGCUAUUUUGCUAAAAAGAGAAAAUUUUUUCAAAAAGCAUAAAGACAAUAUUAGCAAAUUGCAUUUUUUCGCAGUUUCUUUUUUCAAACGGUGAGACUUUUUUUUACAUUUUUUUGAUAGAUAAAAAAACAAAAAAAUGAAACCCCUUUGUUAAUUUUUGGCAAUUUCAAGUAAAAAAGUGACUUUUCGCUAAAAAGCCAUUUUUGCCAAUUUUUGACAAAAAGACAAUUUUCAAAAAAAUUUUAGAAUGCAAUUUUUUGCAAAAAAAAAAAAACUAGAAUUUGAGACAUUUUUUGUAAUUUUUGCCAAAGAGCAAGACAGAAAGUAUCAGCACAAAUGCAGGACUUUUUGGCAAUUGUUGGCAAAAAAAUGAUACGUUUUUGAAAUGUUUGUGGAACUGGGACAUUUUUUAAGGGCUGAAUAGCGAGAUUUUUUGGUAAAAUAGUAAAACUAAUAAGUGAUUUUUUUUUUAAAUUAGGACUUUUUGGAAUUUUAUGAAUAAAACCGAGAAUUUUUGGCAAUUUUGACAAAAAGUGAAAUUUUUUGCUGUUUACCGCAGAAAGCGAAACUUCGAGAAUUUAACAAAUGACAGGGCUUUGUAACCGUGACUCUAGAAAUGUGCCAUAGACAGUUGACAAAAAUAACAAUUCACUCAUUAAUAUUAUUAGCAUUUUUUACCCUUCAAGACAUACAUUGAAAAACAAGUUCCGGAAUUUUGUUAAAAAAAAAAAAAAAAGUAGAAAAUAGAAACCAGUUUUUUGAAAAGUAAGUAACCGAGUACGAGUCUUGUGUUAUCUUAUUUUUAUAUCAUUUUGAAUGAAGUCAAAGUAAAUUAAGGUUCCAAACUAAAAGAAUAUCUACAUUUAAAAAUCUUGACUUUAUGAUACCUAAAUGCAAUCAAAUAACAAUUCGUGGACAGCAUAACGUAGGUAAUAUUAUGAUCUUUUUUCAACCAAAUAAAUCUAGCACCUAUGGGUACUCUAGUCGUACGUACAUUUAUACUAUAUAUUUCAUACGUUUGUUUUAAUUUGCUUAAUUUUUUUUAAUGUCUUUUUUAAAAAAAUAGAAUACAUUUUUGAUAAUAAUGAUGGCGUUUCUUUUUGAUAUUAAAAAAAAAAAAAAAACCAUCAACCUUAGUCCACAAUAAUUGAUUAUUUCGAUAAAACCACGACCAGGCAUAAUUUUAUAACAAGAAAGCAGCAACACACGAUGCCUAGAAAAAUUCGAGAAAGUAUUCAAGU